UUAUUAUGACACAAGUUUAACGUUACGACGUCCACGCAGGGAACUAAUGGAGCACCUUGACCACUGCAGCGCCGGAUUACAUCUUAGUCUCGUGCAAUCAAUCUUCAACUCCCGCCGCGAGCAGACGCCACUCACCCGCUACAACGCCAGGCGGCGCUGUGCUACCACGAGUGCCUUGACAAUGUGGACAUAAUCUUUAAGUCUUUCGGUAGUCACGUAGAUAAGUUCAAAGGAAAUAACAAAAACUACGUUUCGAUCGCAACACAAGCGGUCGUCAUCAGGAAAAGUGUGGACACAUGCGCGUUACGAUCCCACGUGGAUCUUUAACGUCCACUGCGAGUGCAGCAGACGGCGCGUCGUAGUAUUAUUACGAUAGUAUUAUUACAGUGUCGUAGUAGUAAGGUAGCAUUUUCAGUAUCGUAUUACGGUAGUAGUAUUGCGGUAUAAUAUUAUUACGGUAGUAUUAUAGUGUAGUAGUAUCACGAUACAGUAGUAUCACGAUACAGUAUUAUUACGGUAGUAGUAGUAUUACGGUGAAUACAACCGGAGUAUUAAUCAGGGCGACCGCCGGAUCCGACCGCGAACCUCCGCAACAAGCGGUGAACUCGCGUCACCGCCGCUCUCAGGCAGUGUUCGCUGCCACUCAUUGAAAUAUAUUAGUUUAAAAGGCGUAUUGCUGAGGCGUGUUGUUGUUGAGGUGUUGUUGUCUGUGCUUGUGCGCCGUAACAGCAGCCAGCGGUCACCGUCCUCGCGCGCCACACGAUCAUUUCCCGCCAAAAAACGGUGACGCGACGAGCGGCCCCGUCAGAUUCCCUACAGCGGAUCGGCGGACGCUCGCCAUUUACGUCGCUCUGAUUGGCUCUGAGCGCGCACGCAGCGGAGUAGACGACCAAUGGUAUCGCGCGUGUGACAAAGUGCACUAGGGAAUCAAGUGUGAGGCCCGCGCACGGAGCAACAAGCAGGGUCGCAAUGGGCGAGCGGGCUCCGCGCAACCUCCCCUGGGUGGAAAAGUAUCGACCAAGAGUUCUUGACGAGCUCAUCUCACACAAGGAUAUUCUGACUACGAUCCAGAAGUUCAUCAGUGAGGACCGAUUGCCCCACUUGCUGUUCUAUGGCCCCCCGGGCACCGGCAAGACGUCCACCAUCCUGGCAUGCGCACGGCAACUGUACGGGGAGAAAGAGGCUGCCUCAAUGGUGCUUGAGCUGAAUGCGUCGGACGACCGAGGCAUCGAUGUUGUGCGAGGCCCCAUCCUCAGCUUCGCCAGCACGCGCACCAUCUUCAAGAAGGGCUACAAGCUGGUGAUUUUGGACGAGGCAGACGCCAUGACUCAGGAUGCCCAGAACGCCCUGCGACGAGUGAUGGAGAAGUUCACGGAGAACACGCGCUUCUGCCUCAUAUGCAACUACCUGUCGCGCAUCAUCCCCGCACUACAGUCGCGCUGCACACGCUUCCGCUUUGGCCCGCUUUCGUCCGACCUCAUGGUCCCACGCCUCCUGCACGUUAUUGCUGAGGAGCAGGUGGACGUAACGGACGAUGGGAUGAACGCGCUCGUCACGCUGUCGAACGGGGACAUGCGGCGUGCGCUCAACAUGCUGCAGAGCACCAACAUGGCAUACGGCCGCGUGACGGAGCACAACGUGUACACGUGCACGGGGCAGCCACUCAAGUCGGACAUCGCCAACAUUGUGGACUGGAUGCUCAACAGCGACUUCAGCGGUGCCUACAGACAGAUCAUGGAAUUGAAGACUCUCAAGGGUCUGGCGCUGCAGGACAUCCUGACAGAGGUGCACACCUUCGUCCACAGGGUUGACUUCCCCAUGUCGGUGAGGAUUCAUCUCCUCACCAAGAUGGCAGAAGUCGAGUACCGCCUGGCCUCGGGCACCAACGAGAAGAUCCAGCUGAGCUCCCUCAUUGCUGCGUUCCAGGUGGCGCGGGACAUGGUGGCGGCCGAAGCAUGAGGGCACGACGAAACCCCGUGGCACCUCGGGCUUCGCGGUGACAUAUGAGCAAGUGGGACUCUUGAGCUCAUUUGACUACUACAGCUGGAGUUUUCAUUUCCCACGAUCGGAUGUUUGAUUGCUGAAUCAACGUAACAAAUGGGUUGGGGUAUUAUUAUUUUUUUGUAUCCUUCACGGACACUUUGUGCGGUGAGAUGAGCACGAAACUGUUGAAGGGGUUUUUGUCCGACAUGACAUCUGCGUACUUGACAAGAGGGCUUGAAAUACCACAUGCUGCAAAUAAAAUCCUUCCUCAGAAUUUCAGUGUCGCCUUCCAAACAAGAUGGAGUACAUUAUAAAGUCGUCGGAAACCUUGUACUUUUAGGAUCGUUAGAGAGAUGGGACGGGUUUGGCUCAGGGUUCAGAACAAAUCUGCGGCGUUAACAAA